UUUUUCUGUCCGCAAAUUUUUUAAAAUUAAUUUUGAGUUUUUUUUGUUGUCCUUGGUUGACCAAAAUGUUUCAUAGGUGUGGGAUUUGACAGAAUUUUUUGAGUAAAUUAUUCUUAAACCUCUGCCUAGCACUGAAACUAUCCGCAAAAUUUGUCCGCAAAUUUUUUUCUGUCCGCAAAUUCUGUCCGCAAAUUUUUUAAAAUUUAAUUUUGAGUUUUUUUGUUGGUAUUGGGGCUGGUUAAAUAUUUUAUAGGUAUGGGGUUUGAUAAAACUGUGAAGACUUGGUUUCUUAAACCUCUGCCUAUGCACUGAAACUAUCCGCAAAAAUUGUCCGCAAAUUUUUAAUUAAAUUUUUCCCUUUAAUUAAUUUUAAGGUUAUUUUUCUUUUGCAACUUAAAAACAUUUUCCAAAACCUUUAUUUUCUUUACAAAUAUUUUCCCAUGCUAAAUUGGGCAUUUUUUUAGUUAAAAAGAAAAUAUAAACAUAUAAUAAAUGUCGCCGCUCAUUUGUCAUUUUUUUCCUUUUUUAAGGUUGUUAGGGUAAAUAAAUAAUAAAAAAUAUUCUUUAUGUUGUUUGUAAUUUAUCUUUUCGUUUUUUGGCAGUCACAUUUCUUCUGGGUCCUCAAAAUUUAUUUUUGUUAGUUGAGGUAGUUGUGGUUAAGUUGGUUAGCUGUCUGUCUCCCCUUGUAGGGGUGGUAGGUUCGAACCCGUUCGGGGGAAAUAAUUUUUUUUUUCGUCUUUUUGAGGAAAAAUGUUAUGAAAAAUAUUUUUAAAAAUGGUCUUUUUAUUUUUAAUAGUGGUAGUCGUAGUUAAGUCGGGUGGGUGUUUGUUCACCCUUAUAGGGGUAACAGGUUCGAAUCCUUUUGGGUGCAAUUUAAUUUUUUUCCCGUUUUUUUUGAAGAAAAAUAAGAAAAUUAUUCAUCUUUUUUAAAAAUUGGUGAUAAAAAUAUUUUUUAAAGUUAAAAAAUGAAUACCAACAAUACCCAAAAUAUUAACUCCCCAAUAUUCCCUUCCCUCUCAAUUCAACCACUUGGAGAUUUGCGAAUAUUUGGAGUCUCAUCUCGCUUAGUUUAUGAGGGCAGUCCUUGUGAUGCCUUUCCCUGUUGGAAUGGAGGUAUUUGCAUUGAAUUGCGCAAAAGAAAAAAUUUAAAUAAAUUUAAACAAGAAGAAAAAAUUAAAAGAAAAGAAGGAAAAAAAUAUUUUUGUAAAUGUAAAAAAUAUUUUGGAGGAGAACAUUGUGAAGAAAGAUUAAUUAUGGUGGUUCUUUAA